AUGAGUAACAUAUAUAUUCAGGAACCUCCUGCGCUUGGAAAGGUUCUCUUAAAGACUACUGUCGGGGAAAUAGAUAUAGAACUAUGGACAAAGGAAGCACCAAAGGCAUGUCGCAAUUUUAUUCAGUUAUGCAUGGAAGGAUAUUAUAAUGGUACCAUAUUUCACAGGGUAGUACCUGGAUUCAUAGUACAGGGUGGUGAUCCCAAUGGCGAUGGAACUGGCGGUGAAUCUAUAUAUGGAGAACCAUUUAAGGAUGAGUUUCAUUCGAGGUUACGCUUUAACCGCCGUGGAUUGCUGGCUAUGGCAAAUGCUGGAAAAGAUGAUAAUGGAUCUCAAUUUUUCUUUACCCUCGCUGCAACCCCCGAAUUGCAGAAUAAACAUACUAUUUUUGGAAAAGUUACAGGGGACACAAUAUACAAUAUGUUAAAAUUAGCUGAAGGUCUGAUUGGUCCCGAUGAACGACCAGAACAUCCUCACAAAAUAAAAAGCACUGUUGUGGUAAUCAAUCCAUUUACUGACAUAGAACCAAGAGUCAGCACUGUUAUUGUUGAAGAGGCGCCAAAAAAGAAGAAAAAAGAGCGCAAAGGUGUUAAAAACUUUGGGCUUUUAUCCUUUGGGGAAGAAGCAGAACAGGAUGAAGAUGAGGCACUAGAAUAUAGAGGCAAGCCAAAAUCAACACAUGAUUUGCUUGAAGACCCGAAACUUAGCAAGAAAACAGCUGCUGAACUAGAACUAGAAGAACAAAAUAUAAAGGUUGAAUUAUCAAACAAGGAAAUAGAAAAGAAAAAAGAAGAGACCGUGGCUGCAGUAAAUAACAUUCGUGAUAAACUCAGCAGUAAGAAAAGAGAAAAAAGUCCCGACAUAGAAAGUAAUAAAAGGAGGAAAGAAGAAGAAGAUGAAAAGGAAAGUAGUUCUGAAGAAGAGUAUUAUUUAGGUAAAGAAAGGGCUAUGGAACGACUAAAAGAAAGGGAUCGAAUAAGAAAUGAAAUCAAACAACUCAAAAAAGAGAUGAGAGGUCCAAAAGAUGACAAAAACAAAGUCGGAGAUAAUAAGGAAGAAAAAACUACUACCAAGUCUUUGGAAGAAGAUAACGAGCUGUAUAAACAAUUUGUGGAAGAACAAGAAAAGUAUAAGAAAAUGAAAGAAAAGAUACCUAAGAAGGGUGCUGCUAGGGAAAACUUCACUUUGCAAUUACUGGCAAAGUUCAAAAACAAACUACACGCUAUUAAAGAAAAAAGUCAAACCGAAAGUGAACCUGUAGAAGGGGACGAUGAGAACUUUAAUGCACCCGAUUGGAUGGGACAUACACUUCGCUUCGAAGACAAAGGUGCUGUGUUGGCUAAAGACGCAUCCACUAAAGGAGAUGACUGGUUUGAUAUCUAUGAUCCAAGAAAUCCCUUAAACAAAAGGAAAAGAGAAAAGUCAGACAAAAACCCUAAGAAAUAA